GAUAAAAGAAUAUAAAUAAUAAAAAUAAAGAGAUUUGAGAAGAUUGGAAUUUUUUUAACAAAGCUUUUCUUGUGGAAAACCUGAUGCGGCCCAGCCUCACCCAGACUCUGCCUCCAGCGGCCCCCAGGUAAAUUGAGUUUGAGACCCCUGCUUUGGAGAGUAUAGGGAUUCAGAUGGCUGGAACGGGAUCUCUGUGUCUGCACACUACCUAACUGACUGCCUACUGCAUGAGUACAAACACCAGGAGGGUGCUAUCACAAAGCUUCUUCAGGGCACCUUUGGACAGGCUUUCUGCUCAGACCACACACGGAAAGUUGUUAGGAAGGUCACCUUUUCAUCUGGGACCAUGUCAUCAUAUGCAGUCACGAAUGAGAACUGGAUGAUCCUUUGAUGGGUGAUGGUGCAGUCUGAGACAGAAAAGUCACUGAAGCCCAUGUAUGAAGGUAUAGCACACUGCUACAACACUGCAGGCAUAGAGAAGGCACACUACCAGUGGGUAGACAGGGAUUUCUGCGCUGCAUUUAAGGUUGCAGAGUCUUACACAGGAGAGCAUAUGAACUGGGAUGCUUGGACAACUACUAAUGGCAUUGUUGCUGAUGCUACUACUGGUGACCUGCUGAACACCUGUGCAUCAAGAUCCCACUACAAUGAAAACAUAAUUAUCAAGCUGGACUUGUUCCACUGUUUGAGACGGUUCCUCCGUGAGCGUGUGUCAGAGCAUCAUCCCCUGUACAGUUCCUUUGCUCAGUUCCUGUCGGCAGCCUUUUCAGUGGUGGAUCAGGAAGACCUGCAGAGGCUUAAAGAGGCAUAUGCCUUCUGUGGCAUUCAGCCUACCAACCCAACAAAGGCACACAUUUGUCAGCACUGCAGGACCAGAAUUCCACAGCCUGAGGAGCUCGUCAAGAGAGUCGAGGGAGUUUUCCAGCACUUUUACCUCGCAACUGAUCCAAACGGCGUUCCUCUCUUCAAGCCCUCUAUGCUGAAGACAUGGCGCAUUCAGCGCAUACACAUCUUGCGCGAGUGCCUGAGUGAUCCUGAGGUUGAAGGUGGGAUCUUGUACAGGCACGGAGGAACACUGCAGCUAAACCACGUGCAGGGGGAAGGUGCUAAAGUUCCUGUGUGGAUCCCCAUCAGAGGCAGCCAAAUGUUCACCUCCCAACUGUCUUUGAUCCAGCUUUAAUGGCAGAAUUAAAUGCGUUCUCUGAAAGAGUGCUGGGGCACGUGAAGUAUGCAGCUUUUCAUUUCUCCGGCAGAGACACUGGAGAGAAGUUUGGCUUGGAAUAUGUUGAGCCUGGUUGCCGCCAAGUUCCUCUAGACUGGGAUAAGCACAGGAGCAAGACAGACUGAACACCUGCCCUGAAUCCCCCUCCUCAAAGCAGCCCACCCACUGCCCAGGCUGAGCUUCCUCAGUCAUCUUCCAGCUCACCAGCCAAGCUGUUUCAGUUUGCUGCAUGACCUCCUGCUGUUAAACCAGAUGUGACUCCAAGUUCAACUCCUGAGCCUCAGACAGAGCCAGAAACCAGAAGUCCGCUGUCUCUCCCCUUGCUUUCCUCACCAUCUGGUGCUCGCACUGGACCUGUGAAAGAGUUCCAGGAGUCUGCCUUUUAUAAGUCAGAAAAACUGAGGUGGGAGGUCGAAAAGGGACAGUGACGGACAUUGAGAGGGGUGGUGGCGGGGGGGGGGGAGAUGUUUAGUGUGUAUAUACUGUAUAUUUUGCCCAUUUCAUAUUUAUUUUACAUAUUUAGUUUUGUGUAUGUGUGACCUUGCACUAUGGGGCUUGGUGUGUUUAAACUGUCAUUGUUGUAUUUAAUAAACAAGACAUUGCAUUAACCAAUA